AUGGCGGUUCAACACCGCGGGUAUUCCUUGACUGAUUUGAGGUCGAAACCGAACGAAAAAAUACAGCGACGGCGGCGAAGACAAUCCAUAAAGAUCCAGAGAAACAUCGAUGAUGACGUGCUUAUGGCUUCAGCAAUUGGGGACGUGACAUGGCUACAACAAAGUCUCUACGACACGCGAAAGGCUUAUUCAGUUUCCAAAGAACAUGUAAGUGUUGAUUACAAGUUCUCGAACGCCUGUUCCUUCUCUGUAUAGCAUUUCCACUAGAAUAGCUCGGAAAUUAACUCAAACUGCUUAUCAAUAUAGUAUAUUAUAAAGGAAAGGGAUGGAGACUAGACAGUCAUGUAUGCAUAAAUACGUAUGAAAGUUGCGGGUUCGCGGACUAAAGUUGCAUUAAGGAGCGUCAUUCGUUACAGGAGUCACUUGUGGCGUGUAUCAUUUUAGUUGUUGCAACUUACAAAGAAGGUAUUUUCUGGAAGCGGUAGCGUUUUGUUAAGAAUGUUUACUUAUGUCCCCGGCUUAUCCAUUAGUCACCCGGAUACUAACGCCAGUAACGGCACAAAUUUCCCGGUCUCCCGUACGGGUCACUAAAUAUCCCGGAUAAAAUUUACAAUAUGAGUUUUUCUGUGCUAAAGUUUGGAACUUAGGACAUUUGGUAUGGUUUCCUCUUGACAAAUCCGCCACAGUUUUCCAACUUGUCUUUACUCUUCUGAACCAUAGACAUGAUGUCAAAAUGUUCAAAACUCAACUGGACCCAUGAGUCACAAGCAAGUUGUUUUGUAAAUCGUUGAAUAUUUUGACUUUGUUCCCAUGGUGGUUAAAAAUAUAGACCUUGAAAAAUGUUUGCAAUUUGUUUCCUUCAAUAAGGUUGACAGUUUUGGAUGUCCAUUUCUGUUGAAGUUUCUUAGAAAAUCACACACAUAAAUUAAGGGCAAGGAAAAACAAAUUGUACCACAAUGAGGUCAUUUUCAAGGUGUAUAUACUAUACCUGCCAACUUUUUCUGAGUCAAAUGCGUGAGAUUUCUGUCAAAAACGUCCUGGUGACUUACGCAGAUUUCCGGCAAUUUUUCCGAAAGACUUCCGAAUGUUGCUGAAAAUACCUGAAAAUGUUCCGACCAACUUUGCGCACUUCCGAAGCUUAAAUAAAAGGUAACAUUUUUGGUGUGUUGUGAUACAUUUGGGACACAUUAAGUCAACAUAAAGCGCCUUUGUUGGAAUAUUUUUGUGGAAACUAAAUUGAAUUUUCACUAUUAAUCAUGUAUUAAAGAAAUAUUUAAUUUGUGUUUUUUGAUUCUCUUGUAUUCUAAAAUUAGGGUCUUGCCCCAGUGCACCUUGCAGCCCAGAAUGGUCAGCUGGAGUGCCUUAAAGUUAUGAUCGAGAAAUAUAAAGUAGAUGUGAAUCAUCAGAGUGCAUCUGGAUGGACACCCCUUCAUCUAGCAAUUAACAAGGUGACAAAAAAGAGGGGACUAAGAUGUGUCCGAUACCUCCUGGAAAAAGGCGCAGAUCCUUCAGUGUAAGCUUUAUGUUGUAUACUGGAAAAUAAGACAUUAAGUACCGUAGUAAGUAUGUUCUGAUCCUGGGGGUGGGGGGUGGGGGGAGGUAUUAAACAAAUAUUGAUAAUAUGGGGAGAAGGCUCCACCCCGAGAUCCAACCCCUUACCCUUUUAUACACCAUUUUUCACAAAAAAGGUUCCCCUUUCUUUAAUAAACCUUCUAUUGAUAGAUGGUAGGUACUCCUUUCACAUACCUUGUUUUGAAAUUAACAUGCACUGUCUUUUAAAUAGGAAUCAAUCACAAAAAUAAAACACUUAAAGCCACAAAAAUUCACCUGUUGGCCCUUUUGGGCCCAGCUUUUACAGACCGAAAUGACAGAUUUUCCUACCCCUUCAUAAACCUGAAGGUACCCUUUUUAAGCAUAGCUUCCCCAUAUGGAAGGGGGGGGGGGGGUCUGACUCGCUCCAUGUGGCACCAAAAAGUGUUACAUUGUACUUUAACAUUCACCUCUCAUCUUUUAGCUAGGUCUAAGGUGGUAAAGGUUACUUUAAUGCCUUUGAUGUUUUAUUGUGAAAGGUGAUAAGACUGUCUUUGCCUUAAGUCAUUAACUAAAGGUAAUACAACUUAUAUAAUGCUUGGGCAUAAGGUGGACCAAAUGUCACCUUGAUGAACAUCAUUGGUAUUACACCUUUAAAAUACACAAUUAAGACUUCAACUAGCAUCUACCUUGCUUCACUUGCUUUACAAUGUACAUUUUCCAGUUCAUAUAUGAUUCACCUUUGAGGCAAGUCAAAGGUUAUCAAAGGCACUUUUUUCGUCUUGUUCAUAAUGGAAGGGGCUCAUAUGAGCCUUUGGAAACUGUAAGAUAAAGAGUAACGGAAUUUUAAAAACGUUCACUUUAGUAGAAUUAGGUCACUGAAGUUCUAGAAAGUGAAAACUUCUAAUUAGGGAACAUCCUUUUACUCUAGUUUGUACCACAAAUUAUUUGCAGUCAAAGUGCCGGGAAAAGAAUUUUUUUGCUUUUACUAGCCAAGAGAAAAUUUGACUGUUAACUGUAAAGCUUCCUCUCCCCAUUUGUGGACAAGGUCUCAAAUUGGCUCCAUCUACAGUAUAUACAGUCAGGGGCACCCAACAUCAAUUUUUGGAAAGUAUCGGUUCGGAAGACGAAUUGAGAUCUAGAAUUUUCGGAACGUUUGUUGUACCUACCUCUUCUAGGAUAUGCAAACUUCCAAAAAAUGGCAUAAUUGCCCUUUUUUGACGGAUUUUUAUCCUUAAAAGGUCGCCUAGAUUUUCGGGAGCCUUUUUUGUGGCUGAAAUUUUCGAAAAGGAAAGUUUUAAUCCCUAUAAUUUUAGGAUCACUAGACUUUUAGCUAGGAAAUCCUAACAGAUGAAAAAUUUUUAGGGGAAAAAAAUAUGCUCACAUCCACCGUUUAACUACUAAAAUACGUUUCACAAUGCUAUGUUUAAGUGGUUUUAAACUAUAUUCUCGUUGGGUGCCCCUGAUGCAGUGUACAUGUAUUGUAGCUGUCUCUUUGGUGUCCCCCUGGAGAGGAUACUCUGUGAUUGGCAAGUAUAAAAAGGAUAGGUGCAUGCCAGGAAGGUUCUAGAACCCUGACACUCCAUUUAAAAGAAAUAGAAUUGAAAGUACAUGUAGCACUUUUUAAAGGCCCAGGGUAAAACCGAUUUUCUAAAGAACAAAGUUUGCUCGAGAUAGAUCUGUGCAUGCUUAUUCAUAAACGAAAAGAAUUCUACUAACUGUAAACAUCGCGCGCCCAUCGCGCGCUGAAAUCUUCCUCCUCCUUCCUCUUUUAAAGCCUGUAACGCAGGCUAUUUUUUUCAAGAAGUUAAUACCCUUGCUUAUUUAUAGGCCAACACAUGCAGGGAUAACUCCGGUUCACCAAGCGGCGAGCGAGGGGCACGUAAAAUGUCUCCAAGAACUCAUUAAAAGCGGUGCCGCGAUUGACACUGUUGACGGUAAUGGACACACGCCCCUGUCAAUAGCGCGUGUGUGGGGACACAGAGAGUGUGCGCGGAUAUUAGCCAAUCAACAGUGGUACUUAGACAAACAGAAGGAAUUGACUGAAAGACUACAAAAAGAGCAGGAAAGCAAGCAACUUGAGGAAGAAAUGCACAAACUUAGCCUCAUUCGAAUGGCUGAAGGAAAACACGAAAAUCAGCUGGCUUUUAAGCGGUGGAUGGCAGAGAAACAUUUCCCUGAUAUACCCACAAUGUACGGACCCGUCCCCUCUGAGGAAAGAGAGGCGGCUGAAGAAAUACGCGCUUCACAGUCGCUUCGUCCCACCCCUACCCCUUUAGUAGCCGAGUCGUCUUUUGUGGUUCGUUCAAACACAGAGUAUGAGUCUUUUGAUGGGGUACCUGCAUUUGCUUCACGGAGAUCAACUGAUUACUACGAUCAUGACUCUGAUAAAAAGCUCGAGUUGAUUCCUCUAGAGAGAAUAUCUGCUUCUAAGAGACGGAAAGGGCAAAGGACAGAAGGCUUACGGCCAAAUAGAUCUCGAAUUAAGAAAAAUCCCUCGCCUAUUUCUAGAUGA